UAUAGAUCCUACUAUGUAACAUUUUACAGGACAGCUUUGUCACUGUCUCAACUCAUUCUACUCUGCCCAAGAGUGCUUCUGCUUCCCAUAUGGAUUUUGGCAUAUAUGCAUUGUUAAACUGAACAGUUUUUAGGAUUGGCAUUUUUUAACCAUAAGUAAAGUAGCAUCCUAGUUUUCUUGUCGUUGCCAUGGACAAACCUAUAGCUUUACUCACAGAGUCUGUUUUGUUUUUAACAGAAUUGGUGUUUAGAGUCCAUAAAACUAAGGGAAGAAUCCUAGAAACUGGAAUCCUAACCAAAUUGUUGUUCUUGGGAAGGUCUGUCUGGAUACCCAGUUUAAUGACUUCCUAUGAUUAGAAACCUGAUUUCACCACAAGUCUCUUUUGAUCUACAUUAGUUCACUUUUCUACUUGUCUCUCUGUGUAUGUUUUUGCUUUCAGAUUCCUCACAACUUUCUAAGGAAGAAUGAUUUCCUAUUUGGUAUAGCUGAUGGCGCUAUGCAAUACCAGAUCCUUGAAAAGAUGGAGAAAUUAAUAUACAGAGAAGCUGACUUGUCAAAGGUCAUAGCAAGGUUUAGGUGGAUCCAGGAAUAAGUCCCAAGCCUCUUCUCUCCUUGCUUAGUGUUUAGUCCAUUGACUAUGCAGCCUAGUGUAGACUGGAAUGGUGUGAGAAAACAUAAGUAUGGUCACCUAUCAGAGUCUGCAUUUCAGUAUCAAGAACCUGCUGACAUCCUGGAGCUAGGUCAUUUUACCUGGGACAAAUACCUAAAAGAAACAUGUUCAGUCCCAGCGCCUGUCCAUUGCUUCAAGCAGUCCUACACACCUCCAAGCAAUGAGUUCAAGAUCAGCAUGAAAUUGGAAGCACAGGACCCCAGGAACACCACAUCCACCUGUAUUGCCACAGUAGUUGGACUGACAGGUGCCCGACUCCGCCUGCGCCUUGAUGGCAGUGACAACAAGAAUGACUUCUGGAGACUGGUUGACUCCUCUGAAAUCCAACCAAUUGGAAACUGUGAGAAGAAUGGUGGUAUGCUGCAGCCUCCUCUAGGAUUUCGGCUGAAUGCCUCCUCUUGGCCCAUGUUCCUUUUGAAGACACUAAAUGGAGCAGAGAUGGCUCCCAUCAAGAUUUUCCAUAAGGAGCCUCCAUCACCCUCCCACAACUUCUUCAGAAUGGGAAUGAAGUUAGAAGCUGUAGACAGGAAGAACCCUCAUUUCAUUUGUCCAGCCACUAUUGGAGAAGUCCGAGGCUCAGAGGUCCUUGUCACUUUUGAUGGGUGGCGAGGGGCAUUUGACUACUGGUGCCGCUUUGACUCCCGGGACAUCUUUCCUGUGGGCUGGUGUUCUUUGACUGGAGAUAAUCUGCAGCCACCUGGCACCAAAGUUGUGAUUCCAAAGAAUCCUUCCCCUGCAUCUGAUGUGAACACUGAGAAGCCCAGCAUCCUCAGCACCAAAACUGUCUUGGAGCAUCAGCCAGGGCAGAGGGGGCGCAAACCAGGAAAGAAGCGGGGCCGAACACCCAAGAUCCUUAUUCCCCAUCCCACCUCUACCCCAUCCAAGUCAGCUGAACCUUUGAAAUUCCCAAAGAAGAGGGGUCCCAAGCCUGGCAGUAAGAGGAAACCUCGGACUUUGCUGAGCCCACCACCCACCUCACCAACAACCAGCACCCCUGAACCGGAUACCAGCACUGUUCCCCAAGAUGCUGCCACCAUCCCCAGUUCAGCCAUGCAGGCCCCCACAGUUUGUAUCUACUUGAACAAGAGCGGCAGCACAGGCCCCCACUUGGAUAAGAAGAAGAUCCAACGACUUCCUGACCAUUUUGGGCCAGCCCGUGCCUCUGUGGUGCUGCAGCAGGCUGUCCAGGCUUGCAUUGACUGUGCUUAUCACCAGAAAACUGUCUUCAGCUUUCUCAAACAGGGCCAUGGCGGUGAGGUCAUCUCAGCCAUGUUUGACCGGGAACAGCACACCCUCAACCUCCCAGCAGUCAACAGCAUCACCUAUGUCCUCCGAUUCCUGGAGAAGCUCUGCCACAACCUUCGCAGUGACAAUCUGUUUGGCAACCAGCCCUUUACACAGACUCACUUACCACUCACUGCCACAGAGUACAGUCACAGCCACGACAGGUACCUACCAGGUGAAACCUUCGUCCUGGGGAAUAGCCUGGCCCGGUCCUUGGAGACACACUCAGACCUGAUGGACUCUGCCUUGAAGCCUACCAACCUUGUCAGCACCUCCCAAAACCUUCGAACUCCUGGCUGUAGGCCCUUGCUUCCCUCCUGCGGCCUCCCAUUGAGCCCUGCCUCCUCAGCGGUGCGCAGGCUCUGCUCCAGGGGAGUGUUGAAGGGAACAAAGGAAAGAAGAGAUACGGAGUCGUUUUGGAAACGAAGUCACUCCCCAGGGUCAGAUCGGUAUCUGGAGAGCCGAGAUGCCCCUCGCCUGAAUAGCCGGGACCCUUCUUCAUGGACAGUAGAGGAUGUGAUGCAGUUUGUCCGGGAAGCAGAUCCUCAGCUCGGACCCCAUGCUGACCUCUUCCGAAAACACGAGAUCGAUGGCAAGGCCUUGCUCCUGCUGCGCAGUGACAUGAUGAUGAAGUACAUGGGCCUGAAGCUGGGGCCCGCCCUCAAGCUCUCCUUUCACAUUGACCGGCUGAAGCAGGGAAAAUUCUGAACAGGAGGCAUUCUUCUUCCCGGAAGCCACCAGCCAUCUCCCAGGCGCCCCCGUAGGGCUCUGGGUGACCUCAGGACUCCAGGAGGCUGGAGGACCACAACUGCUGCCCCUCCUGCCAUCUGUGUCCUUCCGUGAAGGACCAAGGAGGGAAGAACGUGGGCCCAGGGCUGGUGCUGCUCUUUCCCUUAGCCUGCUGGGGCUCCCAGGCCCUUCUAUUUAUUUCUCAAGGCUAGCCAAGCCUCUCACCAGAAGUUUAGACUGAGCACUUGCAAAGAGAUGGAGGAAGAGGCCAACUCCAGGGCCUUGAAAGGCCCUAGCACCCAGGCCCCUUACCACCUCCUGGGCGUGGUAUAGUGUCGAUGGCCCCCAGCUCAUGCCUUGUCACCAGAUCCCCAAACUCUGGACUUGUGGUGCAGACCUUUUUUACAAAGAUCCUUUCUUGUUGCUAAUUUAUUGCUUCUGGCACUUGGACUGAAUGCUUUUCUUGCACCAGACAUUUUUGGGAAGAAGGAGACCACCCUCUGUGGUCCAGAGAGGGCCUCUCCAGACAAGUGUGGCCCUGUUUCAGAGGAUGCUGCCCUAGGGCUCUUUCUGUCUGGGAUGGAAAGAGGAAUAUAGCUCACUGGACAUGGAAAGGUUAGACUCCCUCCCUCUUCCCACACCAGGCCCUUUGUAGCCCCAGGCUCUGUCUCUGAUGGAGUUUUCCCUCCACCCCUGCCCCAUCACAGCUCCCUGCCCUGGUCAGAAUUGCUGCAAAAGAUGGGGCCUAAUGCCUUUAGGCCACGGCCCCCGUGGUGGGAGGAGGACCUCCAGGCUGGAGGCUUUGCCCUCCGCUAGCUCCUGUGCUUCCUCCUCAGCAGUCGGCACACUGCUGCCCACUGCCAUCUGAACUGUUUUGUGUCCGUUUGUUUCUAAAUAAAACCAAUACAAAGGCUCCUCGGGUCUUUUUAACCA